AUGGCUGUGAGCCAACGCAACGAGCAUGAUCGUGCUCUCGUCGAGGAGCUGCAGCUCCCCUCUAUGCGCGCCAUAUGCGCGACGAAGCCACAACAGCGCCGCGCCGCCGCGCCGGAGACUGCGUCUCUGAACGGAAUGCAGGCGCUGUGCAAUCUCAAGGACUUGCAGCUGGGCGGUCACGGGCCGCGAGCCCCGAGUGCCACACCGAGGCAAACGCGAAGUGGCUCGUCAUUCGAGAACUCCGGCCCCGGCCCCAAAGCUGAAGCCAUCCCGCCGACAACGAGCAAGUGCAGCCUCAAGCCGGGCGCCGUGCCCGAGCGCAUGCGUCUGUCCGAGGACAAGAAGCAGGAGAUCAUCGACGUGACCGACGGCUUCAUCGCCGAGACGCUGCACACCGACCAGUGGAAGCACGUCAAGUCCAAGGAGAAGGUCCUGUCUACCGCUCGCGGCGCGGCAAGGUUGAUGUCGGCCGGCGCGAUGGAGCACCACCAGCGGCAGGCGGCCGCAUCGGGCAGACCGUACGCCUAUGACGACCCGAUUCACGACGAGGACGUCAGCACCACCAACACGAACAGUUCGUCAAGCGACGCGGGGUCCUUCACGCUGCCCGAGGACAGUGUGCUGGCCAAGGUCAAGCCGUCCCACUCACCGCUCACAGAAAAGUCGAGGACGUCGCCUUCGAGCUCGUGGCUCAUCCGCAACUCUUACGUCCACAACGACGCAUUCUACCAGCGGAAGGAGCUGGCAGAGCUGCAGACCCCAAGUGAGGAGGAUCCGUUCCGGGCCAUGACCGUCAAGUGGGGAGCGGCCAACUACGGCGCCCUCACAACGAACCGUGACCUGCUGUACGUCGAGUCCAUGGGAAUGGCCUUCGACUCGGACGGCGAGCGCAUUUUUUACUACAUCAUCCACUCGAUCGAGCUGGACGACUUCCCGCAGCUCGAGCCGAGCCAUGGACUCGUCCGCAUUCAUUUGUCAAUGGCGUACGUUGCCCGUCAGGUCAACCCAGACAUGGUGGAGAUGUUCGCUCGCGGCUUUGCUGACGCCCGCGGCGACAUGAUGGAGGGCUACGCAGUCAUGCUGCUGGCCAACAACGUGCUGUCGAGUGCGGGGAUCGUCGAUUGCUCCAACCUAAAGAAGCUGAGCUAUCUCAUGGCGCUGCGACGACGCAGCGAUGCAUCGGGCAUUGAGUCCUCCAGCGAGUGUGGCGUGUGCAGCAGGCCACUGAGCAAGCUCGGAAACCUUCUCCAGUCGAAUUCAGGCUGCCCGGUUUGUCGCCGCGUGACGUGCAGCAAGUGCAGCGUGCAGAAGAAGAUCUCGGUGGACGUUUGCCAGGAGGACGUCACGCAGAAGAGCUUCACCUUCUGCUUGCCCUGCGUGAUCGAGGCCAAGGAGCUAUCGGCUUGGGAAGUCGCUUCGGCCUGCCUUUAG